AGCAAUGAUGGGUACUGGAAGCAUAGCAGAACGAUGGAGGCUGCUAAGUGGAGACAAUAACUGGAAAAACCUGUUGGAUCCUCUGGACAUUGAUCUCCGAAGGUACAUAAUUCACUAUGGUGAAAUGGCUCAGGCAGCUUACGACACUUUUGACGCUGAGAAGGCAUCCAAGUUUGCAGGAAGCAGCAUAUAUGCAAGGAAAGACCUGUUCUCCAGGGUGGGGAUAGAUAAGGCUAAUCCAUUCAAGUACAACCCGACCAAGUAUUUAUAUGCAACAUCACAAAUCCCAGUUCCAGAAGCAUUCAUUUUGAAGUCGAUUUCUCCGAAUACUGUGUGUGAGGAGUCAAAUUGGAUAGGGUACGUAGCUGCGGCCACUGAUGAGGGUAAGGCUGCAUUAGGCAGGAGGGAUAUAUUGGUCGCUUGGAGAGGGACAAUCCGGACCAUGGAAUGGAUUGACGAUUUUGAUUUCUCUCUGGUAUCAGCUUCAGAUAUACUAGGAGAAACCGGUGACCCUAAUGUUCAUGGAGGCUGGCUUUCCAUUUACACUUCAGAUAAUCCAAAUUCUCCAUACAGCAAAACCAGUGCUAGAUACCAGGUUAUAACUGAGGUGAAGCGACUCGUAGAUGAAUUUGUGGAUGAAGAAAUCAGCAUAACCAUAUGUGGUCACAGCUUGGGGGCAGCACUGGGAAUACUAAAUGCAGCUGACAUUGUUGCGAAUGGGGUGAACAGGCCUGAAAACGACACCCAGAAGCCCUGUCCAGUAACAGCCUUUCUCUUUGCUUGCCCUCGUGUGGGGGACUUGAACUUUACUAACAUUAUUCUAUCCAUGGAAGACCUUCAUCUGUUACGGGUGUGUAAUUCUCCUGACCUCGUACCACUUUAUCCCCUAAUAGGAUAUGCAGAUGUUGGAGAAGAGCUGGUGAUCAACACUGGAAAGUCAUCAUUCCUGAAAAUCUCUGGAGAACUUUCUAGUUGGCAUAAUUUGGAGGCUUAUCUGCAUGGAGUUGCAGGAACGCAAGGAGCUGAAGGAGGGUUUCAUUUAGAAGUGAAACGGGAUAUUGCACUUGUCAACAAAAAAUUGGAUGCCCUAAAGGAUGAGUAUUUGGUUCCCGCUUCAUGGUGGUGUCAGCAGAAUAAGGGUAUGGUUCAAAUGGCUGAUGGGUCCUGGAAAUUGGAGGAUCAUGAGGAAGAUAAUAGUGAGCUUUGAGUGUUUUUUGGUGGCAGUUCCAUAACAAAGUGUACCAAAUCAAUAACCAAAGAGUAAUGAAUAAUGGACUUCAGUUUUGAUUA